AAAUUGAAAUGGUCAAACAGACAGCAAAGGAGAAGAGGGACUAUAAAAGCAAAUCCAGUUUUUCAACAUUUUUGUUCCAUUGCCAAUGCGUUUGGUAGCUCUUUACAACAAAAAUCACAUCUUCAACAUUCUUUCCGGUAGCAGACACUUAAGGAUCAUGGCCGAGUCAGCAAGUAACAGCAGCGGGAAGAAGCUUAUUCGAAUUGAUGUCAGUUCAGACUCUGUAUGCCCAUGGUGCUUUGUUGGCAAGAGAAAUUUAGACAAAGCUGUAGCUGCUUCAAAAGACCGAUUUGAUUUUGAGAUCAAAUGGCAUCCGUAUUUCCUCAAUCCAUCUGCUCCUAAAGAAGGCGUAAAUAAGCUGCAGUAUUAUAGAGAAAAGUUUGGAUCUCGAACUGAUGGAAUUGUAGCUCGAAUGACUGAGGUUUUUAAAGGUCUCGAUCUUGAAUAUAAUAUAUCCGGUCUCACGGGCAAUACAUUAGACAGCCACAGGCUUAUAUAUUUUGCUGGCCAACAAAGUCUUGAUAAGCAACAUAAGCUUGUUGAGGAGUUAUUUCUAGGCUACUUCACACAGGCCAAAUAUAUUGGUGAUAGGGAUUUUCUUUUGAAUUGCGCGGCAAAAGUUGGGAUCGAGGGGGCAGCAGACUUCCUGGCAGAUCCAAAUAAUGGAGUUAAGGAGGUAAAUGAGGACCUGGAGAAAUACUCGGGUAAUAUCACAGGAGUUCCAUACUAUGUGAUCAAUGGGAAGCACAAGUUAAGUGGUGGACAGCCACCGGAAGUAUUUAUAAGAGCUUUUGAGGUUACUGCAAAUUAAUGGUUUUACACCAUUUAUAAGUUUUCUAUUUGCCUGUAUUGAAAUAAAAACUGAGAAAUAUAUAUCAUUGUGCCGCUAUGUAUUGAUUUACUUGUACCUUAGAAGGGAUACUGGUACAGCAUAUGGAUGAUCCGAUGAGACGAUAAAAAUUUCAAAAUAAAUGUAUCUUUGUGUGUUCUAACAAAAAAUUGUUUAUA